UGCGGGUCCUGUCCUGUGGUUUGACUGGACCACGACGCGACCGACUCCAUUCCCCCCACCCAGCCGAAGCAGGCAAAGCAGCCAGGCACCGCAGGGGGGCGGGCGAGGGCGAACCGGCAGCGAGCCAAGCAGCCAUGCUCGCCCGCCGCGGCUGACGCGAGGCGGGCCUCCCGAGACGCCGUCCCCCCACCGCCGACGACAUGGAUCCGGCGUCCGAGGAGCUCGAGCGCCGCAGCCGCUACCUCAGCUCGCUCAUCCGGCGCACCAAGCUCAGCGCCGCCCCCGCCCCCCCUCCACUUCCCGAGCCAGAGCCUGAGCCUGAGGCGCCGGCACCGAAACCGGAGCCCGAGCCGCAGACCGCGGUCGGAAAGUGCGAGGAGGCCAAGCCGGCGCUGGCGGUGGAGGAGGAGGAGAAGCGGGAGGUCAAGGAGGAGGGGGCGGACGGGGAGGGCAAACAGAUCAAGGGGAAGGUCGAGGGGGGUCUGAAGGAGGAGGACGGCGGCAGCAAAAAGGUGUCGGUGCGGGUGCGCGCGGCCGACAUGCCCCUGCCGCUGCAGCGCCGCGCCAUCCGCCUCGCCUACGAGGCCAUCGCCGCUAUGCCGCGCCUCGACAGCAAGCGCCUCGCGCUCGCGCUCAAGAAGGAAUUUGACACAGCAUAUGGUCCUGCUUGGCAUUGCAUUGUCGGAACAAGCUUUGGUUCCUAUGUGACACACUCAUUGGGAGGUUUCUUAUACUUCUCAGUGGACAAGGCCUAUAUUCUUCUCUUCAGAACUGCCGUUGAGCCAUUAGGCCAUCCACGAUGAGGGGCCAUGAACCAGUCUACUAGCUAGCGUAUUCUGUAUCCGACAUUUAACUGCAGAAGGUUUAAGGAGAGUAGAAGUGUAGAACAAUCAUCGCCCUCCAUGCAAAUAUUUAGGAACCAAUCUGCUGUAACAAUCUUCCAUGUACUAUGCACUAAUCUGCCAUGUAAACCUUAACAUUAGCUUUCAGGCUGUUACUUGACUCAGUUCUUUGGUGCGAGGGAAAUUUUCUUUCGCAUCCUGUAAUGUUCAGUAACCUUUGUUCGAUUCGGAAUCAGUUUGAUCUCUAAGCUUGUAGCCUGUGGUGGCGAACCUCGAGCUCGAGGAUGUGAGAUUGUCAUCAGUUGCCCAGCUGUAGUAGAUGCAUUCAGUUAAUAUAACUGUUCUGAUGGAUGCUCC